GCUCGAUCGGUUUCCAUGGUAGCACGCAAAGUUUUCUUUAGUGUUACUAAUCGCUGUUCCCGGGAGCACAUCUCUACACCCUCGUUGUUGUCUAAGUUUUGACUUUUGAGCUUCAUAUUUGUGUUAAUUAUAUAUAUUAUAUUUGUGUUUAAUUACUUAAUGGCCUUUUCCUGUUAAAUUCCUCGGCAUUUCUACACAUUUAUUGCAUCAAUUGAUCUGUUGUUAUUUUUACAGGGGCCUCAGAACGCAGCCGAGUAAACAUGCCGUGUGUUCAUUACAAGUUUUUCAGUAAACUUACACACGACACUGUGAUCUUUGAUGGCCUUCACAUCACUCUCGCAGAUUUGAAACGCCAAAUCAUGAGCCGAGAGAAACUGAAGUGCUGCGAACUGAGAAUCACAAACGACCAAACUAAUGAAGAAUACAGUGAUAAUGCCGACAUCAUCCCCAGUUACACCAUGGUGAGUGUCAGGCGAAUCCCUGGAACUGGGGUAAAAUCCACAUACAACAGACGUGGCAGUAACUGGUCUGAACCAUCAAGUGGAUCUUCAAGAGCACAAAUGAAUGGUUGUUCAUUGUCACUGGAGCAGCUUUUCAAGACGGAGAAUCUGGCUGAGGCAAAUGCAUCAGAGGAGGACAAAAUAAAAGCUGUCAUGUUCCAGUCCAGCCGCUGUUACUAUACUGUGAAUGAAGCACUCAAGCUGGUUGGAGGCCUUCCACCAAACUAUGUGUGCUUUAACUGUGGCAUCCCUGGGCAUCACAUCAGAAACUGCCCAAAGUCACGGGAUCCUACUUUUGUUGGGGGCAAGCGCAUACGGAGAAGCGCAGGAAUUCCAGUCAGCUUCCUAGUGGAGGUGGAUGACCCCAACAUGAAGGGAGUGAUGCUGAGCAGCAGCGGAAAGCAUGUCAUUCCCAUUAUUAAUGCUGAGGCUUAUGCAUCUCAGAAGAAAGAGAAUCCACCUUUCUUCCCCCAGAACGAGUCCUCCUCAUCGACCUCUGGUGAAGAUGCAGUGCCCGAUGAUUUUCUGUGUCGGAUCUGUAAAGAUCUUAUCACUGAUGCUGUGAUGACUCCCUGUUGCAGCAACAGCUACUGCGACGACUGUAUCCGCACGUGUCUGCUGGAUUCGGACGAACAUGUUUGUCCCACCUGCAAACAGUCUAAUGUGUCUCCUGAUGCUUUGAACAUAAACAUGUUCUUACGCCAGGAAUUGAACCGUUUCAAGAACAGUGUCGCUGGGUCUGGUUUCUCACACCACCAAAAACCCCUUCAGUCUCAAUCGGCCUGUUCCUCCACAAGCCCGAGCAUCAGCCAUCGAUCCAGCUCGUCUGCUUCCGGACCUAACAGCUCUCGCACCAAUAUACCGUCUGGUAAGAGGGGACGGGAGCUGAGCGAGAAUGAUGAUGAAGACAACGGCUCCAGACCUCUCAAGAAAACCAAGCAUGCUGCUGUGUGAAGAACAUCCAGAGCGCUUCAUCAUCAUUAUGUAUAUAUUAUGUACAUUUCAUGUAUAUAAUUAUAUAGCACAGACGUAGACUUAA